AUGGCAACCAAUAUUUCACAUUCAAGAAAGAAUUCAUUAACUUCAAUAUCUACUUUUAAUUCAACAAAUACAUCAUCAAGAAAUAAAAAUGAUUUUUUAUCAAGAUCAACUUCAACUGAUAAUAUUUUAAUAGUUGAUGAUAAAUUUAUAAAAAGGCCAACUAAAAAAUCAACAACUUCUAAUAAAUCACCAAAAUUACCUUCAAAUGAGUUUAAUAGUAGCAAUGGUAGUAACAGCAGCAGAUCUAGUAGUUUAACUAACAAUUCAAGUUCAAAUUCAAAUUCUUAUUAUGCGAAGGAAGGUGUUUAUUAUUUUCCAAAUGGUGAAAUUUUUAGACCUAGAACAAAUCCUGUUAAAAGAAAUAAACCAAGUAAAGUAAAUACAGAUCAUGGAAAUAGACAACAUAAUAAUCAUCAACAUUCUCAACAACAAUAUCCAACCCAAAAUCAGCAAAUUACUCAACCACCACAUCACCAUCACCACCAGCAACAAAUACCCCAGCAACAUCCGUAUAAUGAAAAUAAUAGAUCAAACUCUUUUACUAAUGUUCAACAGUUACAUGUUUCAACCAAUUCCGGAAAUAAUUCACAUUUAAUGCAACAACAUCAAUUAUCAUUUCAUAAUAAAAUGGAUUCUCCUGUAUCAUCUUAUUCAUCAAAUUCAAAUUCAUCAUCAUAUAAUGGAUCAAUUCCUCAACAAAAUGGUUCAUAUCCUUAUAUUCCAAAAUCUGCAUCAUUACAAAAUGUUAAAACUUUAAAUAUGCAAAAUUUAACAAGAACAAUUAGAGAUAAUAAGAAUAAUAUUCAUUCAAAUAUAAUGGUAGAUGAUCAACAACAACAAUUAAAUAAUGAAUCAUAUAAACAACCAUAUAAAAAUUAUCAAAGAUCUAAUAGUAGUCAUAAUAGCAGUAAUGGUUCAACAACAAGUUUAAAUAAUACCGGUCAUAAUAAAUUACAUUGUCAAAAUAUUACUAAAACAGAACAAAGAAAUUCAAAUUCUUUUUCAUCUACAAAUUCUAAUGGUUCAAAUGUUUUUAAUAAUAAUGGUUCAAGUUGUCAAAUUAAUAGAUCAAUGAGUAAUACUCCAUCAACUUCGAUUAAUGAUGAACAACAGCAAUUACAUCAACAACAGCAACAGCAACAGCAUCAGCAACAACAACAGCAACAACAACAGCAGCAACAGUAUCAAUAUCAACAACAAUUCAAACAGCAACAACGUUUAAUGUCACAACAAGAGCCAAAGAUGCCUGGUGUAUUUAUGCAAUCAACAAAUAGUUCAAAAGAAUCACAUUUCACUACAGAUUCAAAAGAUUCAGAUAAUGAUAAAAGAUUACUGAUAGGUACUACUAAUGAAAAUGGUGAUAUUAAUGGUUUUCAAAUUCUAAAUCAACAAAAUCGUCAACAAAAUGAUAACUUACAUCAAAUUAAUCUGGGAAAUAGUGCAAGUUUAAGUUCUGAAUCUUCAGUUAAUGAAAGUGGUAUGAAUAAUUCAGGACAAAAUGAAGAAUAUGAAAAUAAUAAUGAUUAUACUGAUGAUACUGGAUUAAGUACAUUAAAUGAAAUAAGUGAAGAUAAUCAUAAACCUACAACACCAAUUAUUACUCAGUUUGAAUCAACUAAUGCUGGUCAUCCAGUUGGUCAAUCAUCUUUUCAUGAAAUAGAUACAAAUGAAAAAGAAAUUGAUGGUGUUUCACAUGAGAAUGAAAUUUUAAAUAAUAUUGAUCAAGAACUACCACUUUACCAAAAAAAGAAAUAUAAUAAUUUCGAAAAUAAUAAUAAUAAUAAUUUCAAUUCAAGUUCUGAUGACGAUGAUCACUUGCAUAGUAAUUUAUCAAGUCCUAAGGAGAUAAGCUAUAAUAACUCCAUUGAUAAUUCAAAUAAUUCUAAAGAUACUUAUCAUACAACUGAUGAACAAUCGAAUAUAUCAUUUAAUACUUUUAAUGUUAACGAGUUACUGAAACCAAUGAAACCUACAUUAGAUUCAAUCAAAAAUAAAAGUGACGAUGAUAUUUUUAAAACUCCAGUUCAAACUCCAGAUAUUGAUAAAUCUCAAGCUAAAUUUUUAUCAGCUAUUCAGCCUAUUGAUGAAUCAGAAAUUCAAAAUCAAUCAAUAUUGACAUCACCUAUUGAUUUGAAUAAUGAAAAAAGAAAUGAUAUAAUACAUACUAUUCCAAUAAAAGAUAUUCCAAAUCGUCCACCACCUUUAGAAUUAAACGAACAAAGUGCAGCAUUUGUAAGAAGAUCAAAUUUAAUAAAAAAUGAUAUUGAAAAAAAUAAUAAAAGUGAAGCAUAUCCUGAACCAACUAUUGAUUUUGUUGAUCAAUAUUUAGAUGAUUCUUCUCCAGAACUGAUAAAAGCUAAAGAAGGGAAUAGGUUUAAUUCUGAAGUUGAAAAUGAUAUUAAACAUGAAAACGAAAAGAAAGAAGUUGAAGAUGAUGAAACUGUACCUAUAGUAAUUGAUAUUCCAAUUCAAUCUUCUUCAGAUACAAGUAAUUUAGGUAAUAUAAGUAAUGUAUCAGAAGUUUAUGAAUUAAAUUCAUCAGCAUUUAAAAAAUUUAUUCAUGAUGAACAAAAAGAAGUACCACCAAGAGGUGAUGUUACUGUACAAGAUGAUAAAAUUAAAAAACAUCAUAGAAAUGCUUCUAGUGCUUCAUCUGCUGAAUUUUUUAAACCUUCUAAUGGUAAUGGUACUAUGAAUUCAGAGAUUAUUCCAGGUCGAAAUACUCCUCCAGUUGGAACUAAUGGAUCGUCAAGUCCAAGAACUCCCAUUGGUCAAACUAUUCCAAGUCAAUAUGUAUCAACUACACCAAAAACAAGUUCUCCUUUAGUUCCUCCUCCACCAAUUGAAAAAUCUCCAAAUAUGAAAGUUAAAGGAAAAUCAAAAAAGAAGAAAAAUUCUGUUAUAAGUAAAGAUACUGAUGAAUUGACUAAUGAAUCUAUCACUAUUGGAAGUAUUAAAAAUGAAGAAUUACCAAUUUCAUCAACUCAAGCAUUUAAAGAGUCAAAUGAGGUAAGUACACCAGUGAAUGUAAGUACUAAAAAGGAAUCACAAUCACCGCCAAAACAACAAGUUAAAUCAAUGUUGGGUGAAGAAAAGUCAUCACCACCUCGUCAAAAAUCAAUAAAAAGAAUGCCAUCAAUGUCCGAUAUAACAAAACUGUUUAAAUCAUCAUCAAAUACUUCUUCAUCAUCAUCACCUAAGACUGAAAAAUUGAAAUCUCCUAUGAUUCCAUCUUCAAAGUCAUUCAUUAAAAGAAAACCACCAAAAUCAGAUUCUCCUAAAGUAAAAUCACCUGUUAAAUCUACUUCAAAUUCAUCUUCAAAAUCACCAACUCAACCACCACUUUCAGCACCACCAGGUCCAAAUUUUAAUAAAUCUCCAUCUUCAAUACCUAAUUCAGUAUCAAUGAGAAAUUUUAAAUCUUUUUUCAAAAAAUUUAGACCUCCACAUAGUGACAAACCUAUUUCAUCAACAUCUUCUACAUCUCCUCAAGCUAUAAAUAUAAAAUCUUCAAGUACUAAUUCAACUCAUACAAGUCCUAAAUCAACUUCAUCCGCUACAUCUAGUCGAAGGUUUAAAUUUAAUUUCAAAAAACAUGAAGAAACUCCCCCAAAAUCAGAACCACCAAAAAGAGAGAAUAGAAUUUCUACAGUAAAUGAAAUUCCAUCAUUUAAAUUAGAUUCAUUACCAAAUUUUGAACCAGAAUCAAAAAGUAUAUUUGAUGAUAUGUUAACAACAUUUGAUGAAAAAUUUACAAAUGAAUUAACUCCAACAAAAUUACCAGAUUUUAUUAAAAAUUUAAAUGAAAAAUUAACAACAAGUAAUCAAAAAUCAACAACAAUUGACUUAGGUAAAAAUGGAUCUGAAAAUCAACCAUUUUUAAAAGAUGAUGAAUUAACUAAAGAUCAAAUUAAAGAUCAAAAAAUUCAAGAUUCUUCAAAUAAUAAUGUAUUAAUGGAUUUUAUAAAUAAUGAGAAAUUGAGUGGUGAUAGCGAGAAUAUCGUGGGACAUCAUUUAAAUCCUGACUUAAAUGGAACUGGUCCUGAUGAAAAUGGUGGUACAUUAAAUAGUUUUUUAUUACCUUAUAUUGAUGAUAAUUUUAUGUUUUUAAAAAAUGAAGAAAUUUGGACAACAAUGGAUGAAGCAGCAUUAAAAGAUCAUAUAUUAUCGGAAAAGAGAUUAUCUAAUAAUCAAAUGAUUGAAGAAAAUGGUGAUAAUAGUACUGGUAAAGAUGAUCACUAUGAUCAAGAAAUUGAUGAAUUAAUUAAUUUAUCACCUGUUAAAAUAUUAGAUAUAAAUAAAAACAAAAUUAAUGGUACUGAAGUUAUCGAAACUCAAGAUAAUGGAGAUAAAGGAACUAUAAUAGUUAUUGAUAAUCAAGAAUUAAAUUUAUUUUUAAAAAAUUUAAAUGAAGAAGAUAAAAAAAAUUUACCAAUUCAUUUAAAAUAUAUUAAACAAUUUAAUAAUAAUGAUCAUAUUUUAGGUAAUAAUGGGAACAAUUCAAAAAAUUCUUCAACUUCUUCAUUAAUUGAAGUUGAAAUAAACAAGUUCAAAGAUAUAAUUGAUAUUGAAAAAUCAAAACCUACUACAUUUUCUAAAAAUCAAUCGAUUUUAAAGAAGAAAAGAAAUUAUAGAAUUCAAAUACCAAAUUCAAAUCCAGCAUCACCAACAUCAUCAACAGCAUCACCUUCUUUAAAAAUUUCAAAAGUCCCCACAUUAAAAAAACAAGUAAAUUUUCAAAACAAGAUUCAAAUAAAUGAAACUUUUUCAAGUGAUUUAUACAAGAGAUAUAAUAAAUCAGUUACUCAAUAUAAUUUAUCAGAUCCUCAAGAAAUUAAUUUAAUUAAGAAUGAAGUUAAUUAUUAUAAAUGUAAUGAAAUGUUAGUUCAUGAAAAUUCUCAAAAUAAUACUCAUUUUUAUUAUUAG